GGAUAAUUAGCGACCGCUAGAUGUCGCAAUGUGAGCGACGACUGGAAGCAAAGUUAAGAAAAAGUUUGUUCAUUAAAGCGUGACGUGUAGGAGCUGACUGCGCCGAUAUCGAGUUUGAGACGGAAUUUGUGAAAUGAAGUCGUCGUUGUUGCUGAAGUUCCUGCUGUGGCUGUGUUGUAUUGUGCAGGUUUUCGGAAAUCUUCGUGGAAUUUCGGAAGAUGAGCUUCGAAGCCGAUUCGUCGAAUUUGAAAUAAUCGAACCUACAGUCGUCACCGCGACUGGACAAUACAUCAGUCAUGACGUCACAAACGCACGACGUCACACAGAAGAACAUAUCGCGCGACGAAGAAACAAACGUUCCGUCGAAGAUACUGUGAUUGUUACGUCACAUAGAAGGAAUAGCCGACCGUUCUUUAGCGUCGCGAAAAGCGACAAAAAUCGGAAUAUAACGUUACUGGAUAUGACGUCAGGAAACACGACGUCACAAGAACACCUUCAUUUCAACUUGACCGUAUUCGGGGAAUCCCUCAAAUUGAGAGUUCGCAGCAAAUCUCAUUUAAUUUCUCCCCGAGCAAAGUCGGUGUUAUUCACCAGUGGGGGCGGUAGAGUGGAGCGGAAAUUGGACCCAGGGUGCGUGUUUACCGGGGAAAUCCCCCAGUUACCCCACUCCAACGUUGCUAUUAGCAACUGUGACGGAUUGGCUGGGUUGAUUCGAACACCUGAUGACGAAAUUUUCAUCGAACCAAUAGAAGAUCGCCACGUCACUGGACCACAGAAGCACGUGAUCUAUCGUCGCUCAGCAACCAAGAAUUCAGCGAAUCAUGGACAACGUAUGGAGGCCUUGAAACCAACCAAGCGAGACGACACACGUGACUCGAUGCAGGGGUCACUAGAGGUCAUCUUGGAGCAAACUAAGCGAGAACGAUCGAAGCGACACGCGAAGCGGAACGAUUACAACAUGGAGAUCUUAUUAACGGUUGGGCACGAGAUUGUGAGGGUGCAUGGGCGCCACCACGUGGAAAAUUAUUUGGUUACUUUAAUGAACAUUGUUGACGAAAUAUACCAUGACGAUUCGCUUGGUGAGCACAUAAACAUCAUAUUAACACGGAUUUAUCAACUUGACGCUGUGAGGACAAACAACCUGAUUGUUGAAAACGAACCAAAAACGAGUUUGAACAAUGUUUGUCAUUGGGCAAAAGACAUCCAAGUGACGGACCCCGCACCCAAUGGACGAACUUAUGACGCCGCGAUAUUUCUAACACGGAUCAGGUUCGGUACAGCAGGUUACGCCCAUGUAGAUGGUUUAUGUCAACCUCUGCGUAGUUGUUCGCUAACAUACGAAGAUGGAUUUUCAUCGGCAUUUGUUGUUGCUCAUGAAACCGGACACAUUCUCGGUAUGAAACACGACGGGGAUUUCAAUCGAUGUGGUGAUGAAACAACUAUGGGCUCCAUAAUGGCCCCCCUCGUACAAGCAGCCUUUCAUCGAUAUCAUUGGUCCCGUUGUAGUCAGGAGGAAUUGAGGAGCUCAUUAGGAUCGUACACGUGUUUAUCGGAUGACCCUCACCUACAAGAUUGGGGUCCAACCCCCCUUUACCCCGGGGUGGCGUAUUCAGUUGACGACCAGUGUCGCUUCGAUUUCGGGCGCGGAUAUAAAAGAUGCACAUCCUUACAAAACAUUGAUGUAUGCAAGACACUAUGGUGCAGCAACGAUGAAAAUCCAGAUAUUUGUAAAACUAAGAAAGGACCUGCUGUUGAUGGAACAGAGUGUGGAGAUAAUAUGUGGUGCUUCAAGGGCCACUGUGUUUGGAGGGAUCAACGCCAAACAGCCGUCGACGGCAACUGGGGAAGUUGGAACACAUAUGGACAAUGCUCCCGAUCGUGCGGAACAGGGGUUUGGUAUCGUACCAGGAUGUGUAACAAUCCAAUGCCGUCGCAUGGGGGGGUCGACUGUAUCGGGCAAAACAUCGAUUUCGAUCUUUGUAGCAAACGACCGUGUCCCAACGGACGAGAUUUCCGGGAGGAACAAUGUCAAUACCAGAAGGAGGUUUUAUACAAAGGGCAGAAACAUAAAUGGUUUCCGUACGAACCCAGGGACGCUUCGUUGAAGUGUGAGUUAUAUUGUGUGUCGAAAAGAACGCACGAUAUUGUUUCUAUGGGUGACAUUGUGGGUGAUGGUACGAGGUGUAGUUACGAAGAUCCUCACGGUAUCUGUGUAAGGGGGGAGUGCGUGGAUAUCGGUUGCGACAAAGUGAUCGGUUCAUCGAUGAGGGAAGACGUAUGCGGGGUGUGUGGGGGGAACGGACAACAUUGCCGGAAUAUAAACGGGGUUCUUAACAAGAGAGCCAACAGGAAAGUGAACAAUUACAUGCGAUUGUACAAGAUACCCGCUGGUGCUCGAAGAAUCAACAUCCGCGAAACUUCUUCCUCGUCAAGUUUUAACCUCCUCGCACUAAAGAGUCGUCAGGGGCGACGUUACACCCUCAACUCACGGAGUUACCGAAUCCAAACCCGGGACACGCCACAUAAGUUCGUUAGCGCUGGUACAUUGUGGCAUUAUGAUGUCAUCAAUGGAUUGGAAUCAAUUACAGCUUACGGACCGACCAAUUCUGAUGUCAUACUGCUGAUAUCGGUACAACGACGCGCAUCAAGGGUUUCGGUUGCCUAUAGUUACGUGAUGCAUGUGAAUAGCUUACCACGAUCACAUGAGACGUUCCGAUACGCCGUGAAAAGAUGGACCGUUUGCUCGGUGACGUGCGGGGCAGGGACCAAACGAGCCAGGUACGGAUGUCGUAGCUCACGUAACGGGGGAAGAUGGGUCAGUAAAAGGAAUUGUAACGGACGCCCACCGAGGCCGGAGAAAAAGAUUUGUUCGACCACAUGCACGGUGACUACGAGAUGGUUUGCAACGCCUUGGAGCGCGUGUUCCAAGACAUGCGGCAACAAUGGGUUCCACACGAGAGCGGUGACGUGUCGGCAAAUUAACCCCGAUGCAACAACGCAGCUCGUGAGCGCCGCCAUGUGUUUCGGACAAGUGAAACUACCGACGCAGAAAACUUGCACAGUGAGCCCGUGUCCCCCUAAAUGGCGCACUGGAGCGUGGACAAAGUGUUCGAAGACAUGCGGGGAAGGAAUUCAACAACGACGAGUGAUUUGCCGAUCGUCCAAUCACUCGCUCACUUCCAAUCAUGAGUGUCCGCAACCCCAACCCCCGGAUGUGAGGGAAUGCCAGCUUGUCGCUUGUUCAGCCCCCGCAGUGCAAUCGACGGAGACAUGCGUGAAGGAGCGAUGGUUGUUUUGCAGAUAUGGAAUCCAACAUUGUGGGAUUCGGGAAUACCAGAAGUUGUGCUGUUUAUCGUGUCAUAAUUACACCGGGGUUGCUGGGCAACCUGCGUUCUCUCGACCACUAAGUGUCGCUGUCCAACUAUCCCCGUUAUUGAGGGUCAACUCAACUGAUGAUGUCAUAAUCCCACUUGUGACAUCACUACCCACACCCAUUACAGAUGAUGAUGUCACAGAAUCCAACCUUGAACCGACGGAAUUCCCCCCCGAUGAUGUCAUAGGUGCUGAUGACAUCAUCAACAUAGGUGAUAUGGAGGACAUGUAUUAUGAUGAGACAAGCGAGUAUAUUGAGAGUGAAGACGUUUUGAAAGAAUAUGUGGACACCAUGCCCCCGUCGAGCGACCAUGUGGACACCAUGCCCCCGUCGAGUGUGGCAACCACCAUCGCCACACAAACCGAACAACUCCCCCUCAACGUCGGGUUUCGACAACUUUCGAUACCGAGGAAUAUAUCGAGACAAAGGAGGUCUAUGAUGUCACAAUCGAUCCAUCGAGGUUGGGGAGGGUGUAUGGCGCCACCAUGUGGUGUGGGGAGAAGGUUUCCUGUGUUUGGUUGUUUGGAUGUGAUGUCACAAUCGUGGUUGAUGACAUCAUCAUGUCGUCAUAAAACAAUUUCGUCAACCGUGUGCGUUCAACCGUGUUAUUAUACUAGAAGAACAAAGGAUCCUCGUAAGUUGGAUUGUCGCAAGCGAGGUCGGGGUCCGCGGGUUCCAUUAAGAAGGUGUCGAUUCAAAAACAAAGAAAUCUCAUGGAACGAUGUCACCCGGGGUGUGGUUGGCACUUGAUGACAUCAUCACUAGUGACAUCACAGGUCAUAGUUCCCACCAUGAGCAAAGCGACGUUAACAGUGGUGACCAACAUGAAAGUUGGCAGUGUUGCCCCACAUCAGUUCCACAUAGAUGCAGCAUAUUUUUUGUAUGAUUUUAUUUCUAUGUUUAUAAAACUUGUGAAGUUUUUCCGAGGUUCACAAUGAAUCAACUAUCUAUAU